AUGACUCCGGCGGCCGCGCUGAUGGCGUUGCUGUUGCAGCUCAGCUUCUUGGCCGCGGCGGCGGCUCAGGUCAACGGAUCUACGGCGAGCUGCCCGAGCAGCUGCGGCAACGUGAGCGUGCCGUACCCGUUCGGCAUCGGCCCAGACCCAGUGUGCUACUUGCCGGGCUUCAACCUCACCUGCGACCGGACGCGCGGCCAGGAGCGGCUGCUCAUCGGCGGCAGCGGCGCCACCCUCGAAGUGAUGGAGAUCUCGCUCGCCAACUCCACGGUGCGCGUCAUGGACACCGCGGGCGCCGUGACCAUCACCAACCAGGCGACCGCCCCGGGCACGGUGGAUGCCAAAGGCGCGUGGAGCGGCCUUGGCGCCGGUGCCCUCGAAGGCCCGUUCGUGGUGUCGCCGACGCGCAACCGGUUCCUAGUCACGGGGUGCAACGUGCAGGGCACUCUGCUCGGGGAGGGCGGCAACCUUAUCGUCGGCUGCUCCUCCUUCUGCGCCAUCACCGACAAUUUUGGUAGGGCCACAACGAGAUCCCCCGAGAACGUCGCCGCGUGCGCCGGUGACGGCUGCUGCGAGACGCCCAUCCCCAUCGGCCGCCCCUCCUACGCCGUGGGGCUCACGCCGCUGGACAAGGAACAGGAGAUGGACCAGGUGGUGCCAAUCGAGGUGCGCGUCGCCGAGGCGGGAUGGUUCGAGGGUGCCUCCGCCGCGCUGCUCAACUACUCCUCCCGUGCCACGUCGCGCCGGAUGGCGAUUCCCGUGGUCCUGGAGUGGGCGGUGAAGUCCGUGCCGCUCGUGUUCAUGGCAACGACGACGCCGGGCUGCCCCGAGGACGCGGCGACGAGCUUGUGCCGGAGCAGCCUCAGCUCAUGUUCCAACGUGAGCGGCAACUACCGGAGCGGCUACGUGUGCCGGUGCCAGGUCGGGUACCAGGGCAACCCGUACAUCAUAAACGGAUGCCAAGACGUCGACGAGUGCGCGCUGCCCGACACUUGCUCCGGCGGCGAGUGCAGGAACACGCCCGGGAACUACACAUGCCACUGUCCGCGCGGCUCCCGUGGCAAUCCCCACAUCAAAGAUGGCUGCGUCAAAACAUCCCUAGGUUUGAGUGCCGGCAUAGGAAUAGGCAGUGGUGCUGGCCUCCUGCUCCUGGUCCUCGGUGCCAUUUUUGCGAUCCGGAAGCUGAAGCAUCACAGGGCAAAGGUAUUGAAACACAAAUUCUUCAGGGAAAACAGGGGACACCUGCUGCAGCAGCUGGUGUCGCAGAAGGCGGACAUCGCCGAGAGGAUGAUCAUCCCCUUGGUGGAGCUGGAGAAGGCCACCAACAACUUCGACAAGGCCCGCGAGAUCGCCGGCGGAGGCCACGGCAUGGUUUACAAAGGGAUCAUGUCCGAUCAGCACGUCGUGGCCAUCAAGAAGUCCAAGGUCACGAUCCGGAGGGAGAUCGAUGAGUUCAUCAACGAGGUGGCAAUCCUCUCCCAAAUUAACCAUGUGAACGUGGUGAAGCUCUUCGGGUGCUGCUUGGAGACAGAGGUACCGUUGCUGGUGUAUGAGUUCAUCUCCAAUGGAACCCUUUAUGAUCAUCUUCAUGUCGAAGAGCCUAAAGCAUCAUUGCCAUGGGUGGAUAGACUCAGAAUUGCUACGGAGACCGCGAGAGCCCUCGCAUACCUUCACUUGGCCGUGGCAGUCCCUAUAGUCCACCGAGAUGUCAAGUCUCAGAACAUUCUGUUAGAUGGCACUCUCAUAGCGAAGGUGUCGGACUUUGGAGCUUCGAGGUGCAUCCCGGUCGAUCAAACGGGGGACGAUACCGCCAUCCAAGGGACAUUCGGGUACCUAGAUCCCAUGUACUUCUACGCGGGACAGCUCACUGAGCAGAGCGAUGUUUAUAGCUUCGGUGUUCUCCUCAUGGAACUGCUCACAAGGAAAAAACCAUGCUCCUAUCGUUCGUCUGAGGAGAAAAGCCUAGUUGCAUGUUUCACCGCUUUGCUCGCAGAAGGUGACCUCAUCAGUCUGCUCGAUCCUCAGGUCAUGGUGGAAGGAUGCAAGAAGGUUGAAGAAAUAGCUAUGUUGGCAGCAGCAUGCGUGAGGAUGGAAGGUGCCCAACGGCCGACCAUGAGACAGGUGGAGAUGAAACUCGAGAGCCUUCGAGUACCCCAUGAAAGUAUAGUUAUGUGCGACAUGGAUGCACCAAGUCAUGCAGUGAUCGAUAUUACAGGUACGAAGGAGGAGGUGAGUAGACAAUAUAGCUUGGAAGAAGAGUAUGUGUUAUCAUCAAGAUACCCACGGUAG